UUAAAGUUGAACUUCGACGCCUAGUGGAAGUCACCUGACUGCGAAGAUGUCUGCAGUACAGUGGCACUCGAGGAAUCGCCCCUAUGAAGCCGAGCUGGCGGCGGGCUGUCUGGGGGCCGUGCCAGUCGAGGCUGGGGACUACCACCCACUGAAGCCCAUCACAGUGACGGACACCAGGACCCGACGGCCCGGCCGUAAGGGCAGCUCUUCCUCAUCCUCGUCUUCCUCCAGCUCGGCCCCGGACCCCCUCAGCUCCAUGCUGGAUGGCACUGACCCCCUGUCGAUGUUCGCUGCCGCCGCCGGAGACGCGUCGGUGCCCACCGCGUCCGGGGAAUCUGGCAGGAAGAGGCGGGAAAAGGAAGAGGAGGAAGGCGUGGGCAUCGACUUUGAGCCCUGGGCGACCAAGCGUAGCGAGAUCCUGGCCAGGUUCACCACCACUGAGAAGCUUUCCAUCAACUUGUUCAUGGGGUUGGACAAAGGGAAGGCGCCCAGUCCUGGCUCAGCGGUGUCGGAGAAAGUGCGGACUCGGUUGGAGGAGCUGGAUGACCUGGAGGAGGGCUCGCAGAAGGAGAUGCUGAACCUCUCUCAGCAAGACUACGUCAACCGCAUCGAGGAGCUCAACCAGUCUCUGAAGGAGGCCUGGGCUUCAGAUCAGAAAGUCAGGGCGCUCAAGAUCGUCAUCCAGUGCUCCAAGCUACUCUCUGACACCGCCGUGAUCCAGUUUUAUCCCAGCAAGUUUGUGCUGAUCACAGACAUCCUGGAUACUUUUGGGCGGCUGGUGUACGAGAGGAUCUGGACCAUGUGUUCUGACUCUAAGCCCUUUCCAGAGUCCUUUUCCCCAGAGGAUGUUAAUGACACGGCGAAAGAGACCUGCCUCAACUGGUUCUUCAAAAUUGCCUCCAUCAGAGAGCUCAUCCCUCGACUAUAUGUGGAGGCCGCCAUCCUGAAGUGUCACCGGUUCCUCUCGAAAGCGUGGCUCAGCCAGCACUAUGAACGAGGGUCCUGCUUGUCUGAGCCGCCUGGAAGCCCCCCCACCAACCUAUCAAACCUAUCAAAGCUCCUAAUGUCUGCUCCCCUGGUCAUUUGCCAUCGCUCUCUUCUCGCGCAGAUCGGCAUGGAGGUCUCCCCUCACCUGAAGGACAGCCUCAACAGGAACUUCUUUGACCUGCUGACCACCUUCCAGCAGGUCCACAGCGACAGUGUGCAGAACCAGCUGCUGCUGCAGCACGUGGAGAUCCCGGCCUAUCUCAUCCUCUACUCCCCCGCCGUGCACUGGAUUCUGCAGUGCGUCUCCUACCGGGCCCCCGAGGCCUUGUUGACGGAGAUGAUGGAGAGGUGUAAGCAGCUGGGGAACAAUGCUCUGCUGUUGAACUCGGUGAUGUCAGCGUUCCGGCCGGAGUUCGUCGCUGCCCGAGCCACCGACUUCAUCGGCAUGAUCAAAGAGUGCGACGAAGCCGGCUUCCCCAAGCACCUCUUGUUCGGCUCGCUGGGGCGCAGCCUGGCCAGCGCGGACCCUCCCGAAGCGGACCGGCUCGGUAUCCUGAACGAGGCCUGGAAGGUCAUCACCAAGCUGCGGAGCCCGCAGGACUACAUCAACUGUGCAGAGAUCUGGGUGGAGUUCACUUGCCGCCACUUCACCAAGCGGGAGGUUAACACGGUGCUUUCUGACAUAAUCAAACACAUGACGCCUGACCGUGCCUUUGAAGAUGCCUACCCCCAGCUGCAGUCUGUGAUCAGGAAGAUUCUGACAUACUUCCAGGACUUCUCUGUGCUGUUCUCCAUGGAGAGGUUCCUGCCCUUCCUGGACAUGUUUCAGAAGGACAGCGUGAGGGUGGAGGUGUGCCGUUCCAUCAUGGAGGUCUUCAUCAGGUGCCAGCAGGAGCCCACCCGCGACCCGGUCAUCCUGAACGCCCUCCUGCACGUCUGCAAGACCAUGCACGACUCCGUCAAGGGACUGAUCACUCUCUCUGUGCCCCUGCAGUGCCCCAGGGCACAGAUCACUCUCUCUGUGCCCCUGCAGUGCCCCAGGGCACUCAUCACUCUCUCUGUGCCCCUGCAGUGCCCCAGGACGGUGAACCAGCUGGCCAUGGAGACGCGCCGCGUGAUGAGAGGGAACCACUCCCGCAAGACUGCAGCCUUCGUCAGGGCCUGUGCUGCCUACAGCUUCAUCACCAUCCCUUCCCUCACCAGCAUCUUCAGUCGGCUCAACCUCUACCUGCUCUCCGGACAGGUGGCGCUGGCCAACCAGUGUCUUUCCCAGGCCGAUGCCUUCCUGAAGGCCUCCGUCAGCCUGCUGCCCGAGGUGCCGCGCUCGCUCAGCGUGGACGGGAAGCUGAGGUCCUCCGAAGGUUUCCUCCUGGAGUUCAUCAACAACUUCCUGUCCACACUGCUGGUGGUCCCGGACCACCCGGAGCAGGGCGUGCUGUACCUGGUGCGCGGCCUGCUCAACAUCAUCCAGGACUACACCUGGGAGGACAACAGCGACGCCAAGGUCAGAUUGUACAUCAGCGCCUUACACCUGCUGGCCGCGCUCAGCCAGGAGAACUACCUCUACUGCGUUCCCAAAGUGGACUCCAACGAGACGCUGUAUGGGGGGGACCCCAAGUUUGUGGCCGAGAUCAACAAGCUGUGCGAGACUCUGAUCGGCCAGGUCCUGGACCACCUGAAGACCCUGGGCAGAGAGGAGACCCUGCGCAGGCAGAGCUCGCUGGCCUUCUCCCUCUUCAGCAGCCUGGUGGCUCACGCGGACCUGCGGAACAACCGCCUCAACCAGCUGGCCAUCAACCUGUGGAGCCUGAGCCAGAGGCACGGCUUCGCUGACACGCGGACCUCGGUGCGCACGCUGGAGUUCAUCAAACAGCAGAGCCGCCAGCCGGACAUGGCCCACUUCUCGGAGCUGGCCCUGCGGCUCCCCCUACAGACCAGGACAUGAAACAACGCCCCCUCCAGACCCGUCCCUAUCCCAUCACAGACUGCACUUCCAUCGCAGGCUGCCUGCAUGUGGGCAGCCCCAGACUGGGAGAACUCAUGGAAGAAUAGCUUGCAAACAGGGAAACACAUAGUAUAACAAUAGAUGUUUCUUGGUCGUUUUCUGGUAAUCAGGGGGAGGCUGGUUUGAAGGGCGACCUGUGCGGUCAUUUGUGUGAGAGGUUUGCAGAAGCCCAGCCGUAUCAAAAUGAGGAACCCAGACAUGUAAAUGCAGGAGAAAGUCUGGAAUGGGGCUUGCUGGUCUCUCUGGCCUGUUAAAGAAGGAGCUGGGGCUUAUUGUCUGUGUGGCGCUUGGUGGGGGACACGAGGAGAAAGCACAGUGCUUGGGCUUUGCUCAUUUGAAUACAACAGGCUCUGCUCUGCCCCUCGCUUUUGACGUGGCCAAAUUUAGAAAGAGGAAGCCCUGUCUCGGCCACUUGGCUUUUUUCUCCUGGUAACGACGCGAGUUACCAGCUGGAAAAUGCAAAAGGCUCCCCCCCCCCGCAGAGGGUCAUUUAAAAGAAUUAAGAGGGUUUCAGCUUGUUUCACCACAAAGCAAAAGAACAUGCAGUGUCUGUGACUGUAAUGAUCCCUGUUCUUCAAAUAUAAGAAUAUCUAAUAAUAUUGUUAUAGUGAUUUUGUUACUUCCUCACGAUUAUACCCGGAGUGUGACAGGAGGAAACAAUAUUCUUAAGAGGAAUAGGAACUAAAUAAGGUAAAAAAAAAUAAUAUCAGAGGCAAUAUCUAACUUAUUUUUGUCACAUUUGGUAGCAAAUAUAUAUUUCCAGUGUCCUGUCAUCUCCGCAGAGAAGUGUGCGUUACAAAGAAGGUUCUGAGCGCAUGGACCUAGCUCUGUGAAGCCGGCCCCCCUACAAACGAUUAAUUAAACCCACUGCAUUAGUGAUGCGUUUGUGUCGCUUCAAG